UUCUUUCGAUAUAUUAACGAAUAAUGUAACCUUAAAGUAUGAGCACUGAUAAUCUAUUUAUUUACAUUUUUAUAUAAAAUCCAAACAUAAGAACUUUUAAGAUAAAUUGUUGAAGCAAAGAAUGCAGUAUUAAAAUUAUGAGCGGAGGUAUAGUGCCUAGUAAAUCUACUGUAUAUAUAUCAAAUUUACCAUUUUCAUUAACAAAUAAUGAUAUACAUCAACUUUUACAGAGUUACGGAAAGAUAGUGAAAGUAACUAUAAUGAAAGAUAAAAUCACACGACGUAGUCGUGGGGUUGCAUUUGUAUUAUUUCUAAAACCAGAAGAUGCUUCUUCGUGUGCAAAAGGUCUCAAUAAUACACAAAUAGGUGGACGUACUAUAAGAAGUUCUAUAGCAGUUGACAAUGGACGUAGCACAGAAUUUAUACGUCGUAGGGACUAUCCAGAUAAAUCCCAAUGUUAUGAAUGUGGAGAGGAAGGGCAUUUAUCGUAUGCCUGUAGUCAUAAUAUGUUGGGACCAAGGGAACCACCACAGAAAAAAGUUAGAAUAAGAAAAAAGACUAAAACCUCUGUUACUCAUGAUACUAGUUAUUUUGAUAGUGACAGUGAUGAAGGCUUAAGGAGGUCAAAAAAAUCAAAGAAUAUUGAUAAUGAUGAUACUGACGAUAAUUGUUCAGAAAUCGAAAUGGAAACAUUAAGUGCAGCUAUUAAACAGGAGCAACAUCUUAGAGAGCUAGAACAAUAUAAGCAUAAGGUGGCAACAGGUCAAUAUGAUGAGGAGCAUACUGAAUCGGUUGUAAGGCGGAAACGAUAUAAAGAGAAUUCAUAUUUCAGCGAUGAAGAGGAUAUCAGUGAAUGAAAAUGUAAGAGAUUGUACUUGAUAUUAUCAUGUAAUUAUAGAAAUCAUAAGUUUUAUUUAUAGAAAUCUAAUUAAAAAUUAGUCCUGUAAAUAA